AUGCUUUGGGUUGAUAAAUACCAGCCACAUCGCUUAAAUGAGUUACUUUGUCAUAAACAGCUAAAUUGCCUUUUAGAAAAAAUAGCAAAUGGUUCUAAUAAAACUAUUCCUCAUUUAAUAUUUUAUGGGCCAUCAGGCAGUGGUAAAAAGGCUAGAAUAUCUGCUAUGCUACAUGAAGUAUUUGGUGAUUCAGUUGAUAAGGUAAAGGCAGAUAUUAUAAAACCUGAGGGAAUUAACUCUGAUUUUGUAGUAUGCCAAAGUUCUCAUCACAUGCAAAUUAGUGCUCCUGAUUUGGGUACUAAAGAUAGAGUAGUUACCCAAUAUCUUAUUAAACAACUCAGUAGUCAAGUAGGGGCUAAUACUUUUUUUAAAAAAGGUCCUAAUUAUAGAGUAUUUGUAAUAUUAGAAUCUGAUGUACUGAGUAUGGAAGCUCAAGCAGGAUUAAGAAGAACAAUGGAAAAAUAUGCUGCAAAUAGUCGUGUGAUAUUACAUUGUGAACAACUUUCAUCCAUUAUAUCACCCUUAAGAAGUAGAUGUCUCUGCAUUAGAGUACCAUUACCCUCACAUAAUGAGAUUGUUCAUGUUCUAAGUCAUAUUGCUAAAUCUGAAGGUUUAAAUGUAUCAAAUGAAUAUCUUAUAGAUAUUACAACUGCAUCUGAGGGAAAUCUGCGUCGAGCAAUUCUUCUUCUUGAAACUGCUGCUGUACAAAAUUUUUCUUUAUCUCCCUCUAAUAUGAAACUACCAUGGCAACGUGUUUGUAAUGAUAUUGCAGCUAAUGUCAUUAAGAAUCCUCAUCCAAAGACCCUUCUAGAUAUUCGUGAACCAAUGUAUGACUUAUUAUCUAGUUGUAUUCCAGCUGAUAUAGUUCUCGUUACAUUAACAAAGCAAAUACUUAAUUUAGCACCUCAUAAUAUCAAGUCACGUAUUAUUGCUGCUGCUGCUCACUAUAGUCAUACUCUUAAAUUGGGCAGUAAGGAUAUUUGGCACUUAGAAGCCUUCCUUGCUCAAGUAAUGAAUUUUUCGAAGCAUUCAAAAGUCUCUAGUUCUAAUUAA